UGAAAUCCUGCGACUCCAUGGAAAAAAAGAAGGCAGAAGAAGAAAAGUCGUACAACACAAAAGUUACACGCUGCUGUCAGAAUGCAGAUCCGAUGCGUCGCUUUCGAGACUUCCGAGACUCGCAGAUACCCAAGGACUUUGAGCGCCAACGAGAGGAAACGUGGGACGUCUCGUCGCUGCGAAGCGAGGGAAAAGUAAGGGCGACAAAACCAGAGGCGGAUGUGGCACCGGCGUCAACGAGGUCCCAAGGCACUGGCGGCGGCGGAAACGACUCCGGCAGAGAAAGCCUGAAGUUGCCUGGCGACAAAUCCUUCGAGCUGCAGCAGAGGCUGCGCUCAGCCAACGCGAGUGUCGAGCACCCGAGCCUGAGGCAGCUGAUAAACGAUCGCCGUCGCAAGAAGCGCAGACGAGGUAAAAACUGGCCGAUGAGCGAGAAUUCGGUGGACGUCAAGAAGGAUCAAAGAGGAGCGGCGAGGAAGCAUCAGCAGCACAGUACCGGCAAGUCGCGGGAGGAGCGACGUCGACGAAGACGAAACAGAAAACGAGCGAGAAGCCGGAUUAGACUCGAGCAAAGCGGAGGAGGAGGACGAGUAGCUCGAGGCAGAGGGAGAGCAACGAGGAAAUGGCGAGACGAGCCAAUGGCGCGGCUGAUCAAGUUGCUCGACGAGCAAAAAGCCGCCGACGAGGAGGCGAGAUUUCUCAGCGAAAAUCCGCUCAAUCUCUCGUCCACGCGAACCGUAGACGUCGUUGGCACAACGAAGAUCACCGAGCAGCAGCAGAAGCAGCCGAGGGCGUCGCAUUCCAAUGAUUACGAAAUUCGCCUGACCACGGAAACUCGCAUACUUGAGCCACCCGAGCCGACGACCGCCCAUCUCUAUCAAGCGGAGCACGAAUUUUCGCGAAACUUGGAGCGCGAGUUAUCGGCCCAUGGACAGAUGUUCGACGCCGCUGCCGAAGAGGAAGAGGCACAGGACGAGCACGAGGAGGAGGAGGAGGAGGAGGAAGAAGAGCAGCAGCCAAGAUUUGACGAGCAAACCAAGCGGACGGCGGUCAAAGCCUCCUACGAUCCGGAACGAAUGCUCGGCUACUCGAGGACCGACGAGGACCUGCCGAUACUCGACAUGGAGAACGAGGUGCUGCAGAGGACCAUCAAGGAUUACAACGCCUACAUGAGCUCCAGCAUAGCCAGGGCUGCUCUCGUGGCCAAGAACGAAGAUUCAUCGCGUCGAGAUUUUUACGACCAAGAGGGAGACAACGAGAGGCACGAUGAGGAGGUGGAGGUCGAAGAGCAGGAGCAGCAGCAGGAGGAGGAGGAGGAGGAAGAAGAUGAAGACGAAGCAAGGGGCGAUCUGUCUUGCAUUAACGGGACGUUUUUACCGGCGCCCAGCGUCCGUUAUGCCCUUAUCAAAUAUUUAAAAUCGUCGCGACCCGGCCACGAGUAUCUCGAGGCCGACUACGAGUGCGAGCCCGGCUACGUUCUGGACUCGUCGGGGGUAGCUGCUGGCGGACGUCUCCUGUGCCACGAGCGUCGCUGGCUGGGCCGACUGCCGCGCUGCCUGUACCGGGGCGACGAGGCCAGCUGCGCCGAGCUCGGCUGCCAGCAGCUCUGCCGGAUCGUCGCGGGCCGGGCGACCUGCCUCUGCCACGAGGGCUACAGGCUGCUGGAGGACGGCCGCGACUGUCGCGACAUCGACGAGUGCAGCGAGGACGGCGCCGAGGGUAGGGGCCCCUGCGAGGACACGUGUCGCAACACCGAGGGCGGCUUCGAGUGCGGCUGCGACGGCAGGCCCGGCACCAGACUCGGCCCGGACAAUCGCACCUGUCAGCGCAACGAGCCACUGGAGAGCUGCGGCCCCGACAACGCCGGCUGCUCCCACACCUGCCUGGCGAGCAUGGGUCGGGUCUUCUGCCUGUGCCCGGACGGAUUCGUACUGCAGGACGAUUGGAAGACUUGUCAAGACGUUGACGAGUGCGCCGUGCCGUAUCUGCAAACGGAGCUCUGCCGCUACGGCUGCAUCAAUACGCCGGGCUCGUACCGAUGCGCCCCGCCGCCGCCCCUCGACGUCGUUCACGCGCAAAUGAUGACGAUGACCAAGCAGACCAGCAGCAGCAGUAGUCCUCCUGCUCCUGUUGCUGCUGCUAGUCCUCAUCGCGGAGACUCGUCCUGCCUGCUGGGAUAUCGGCUUGGAGAGGACAGAAAUUGCCUGGACUUGGACGAAUGCUCGAUCGACAACGGCGGCUGCCAGGAGAUCUGCGAGAACACCGAGGGCAGCUACUUCUGCGCCUGCGAGGGCGACGAGCGAGUCCUCGCGCCCGACAUGAAGACUUGCGUCGUUGCGGAGAAGCGUUUUCAAGAGCUCGAGGACGCAGCGGCGGCUCGGAUGCGGCAGCAGAAACAGAAACAGCAACGUCACUCGUGCUCGGCGCUGAAUCCGGUCGGUGGCCGAGGCUACCUCAUGUGCACGUCGGACCUAACGACGACCACUACGACGACGACCACUGGUGCUUCGGUGGCGGCCUUGGAUGCAGACGGAGAGGGUGCAAUCAACGGUCAACAGCAACAACAGGCCAUCAAACCCGGCACAAAGUGCUAUCUCAAGUGUCCCCUCGGCUACGAGCUGCACGGCGAGUACGAGCUCACCUGCCAGGCCGACGGCACUUGGGACGGUCCCAAGCACGGCGAAUGCCUCAGAUACAGCAAGCCACGACUGGACUGUCCGGCCGACGUGAAGGCGGAGCUGCCCCCGGGCCGGGACGAGGCGUUCGUCACGUACGAGCAGCCGUCGACGGACCUCGACUGGUUUCGCUACGUGCACUCGAAGCCGUCCUGGGGCACGAGGCUCGAGGCCAAUCUCAAGCUCGGCCGCCACGAGAUCACCUUCUACGCUCGGCAUCCCGUGUCGAAGAAGCAGACCACCUGUACGCUCAACAUUACCGUUCAAGAGGGCCAAGCGCCAAAGGUCAACGGUUGCCCCAGCGACAUCCAGGUGACGGGCAAGAACGGCUCGGCCAUCACGUGGAUCGAGCCAGUUUUCACCGAUAACGUCAAAGUCACUCGUGUAACGAGCAACGAGAGCCCCGGUCAGACGUUCAGCAUCGGUGGACACAAGGUCGAGUACGAGGCGAGCGACGAAGCCGGCUGGACGACCAAGUGCAUUUUCACCGUCGUUCUGCGGCCAAUAUAAAUGGAAAUUAUUAGAACAAAAAAAAAGGAAGAAGAAGAAGAGGAACUCCUCGUGAGCGCGAGAGAGAGAGGGAGAGCUUGGUACAACCGAGAGACGAGAGAAGUGAAUUUUACACGUAAAAAAGAGCGUUUGAGGCUAUUUUUUCCACGCGAGGAAAUUUCGAGGAGACGGGACUCAUUUUUCUAUUCUUUGUUUUUUCGUUCCUUUCUUUCGAAUGUACCGUAGAUUAUGUCGUAUAAUGUAUACUUUUUAAAUAGUAAAAACUAAAUUUUUCGGAUAUUAGAAUAGACUGAAUCGAUCUAAAAGUAUAAACUAAAGAUAUUAAUAUUUUAUGAGGGUAAUAAAUAUAAAAAAAAGGUGUAUCGUUGAUGAUAUAAAGCAACAAUAAAACUUUUUUUGUGCGACAAAAAAAAAAGAAUCCAUGGUGUAAAGAAGAAAAAAAUAGCAUGUACAAAUUAAAAAGUAAGAAGCUACCGAAAACUCACGAUUAUUUGCAAAAUUUAGAGAAAACCUAAUUCACUUAUACCAAUAAUACAGAAUGGUCAAUGAUUACAAUUGAAACUUUUCGAAUUUCACUGGAUUAAACAAGGUGAACUUCAUUAUAGACAGUAUUUUAGUGUUCGACCUCGUCUGCCGACCCCCCGUAGGAUUCAGUAUUAAAAUAAACGAAACGCGCAAAAAUGGUUACGUAACAAGAGAAAAUAGUUUUUUAAUCUUUCCGAACGAACGAUGGCUUCUCUCGUUUAUGAUUAUUAUUAUUAUUAUUUUUUACUAUACACGCUACGUAGUAGUCGAUCCCUCCUCUCACCCUCACGCUUCUCUCUCUCGCCCUCCUCUCCCCCUUUUUGCCAUGAUCUACUGCCAUAAAUGGAAAAGCAUUUUCUCUUGAAACGACCAAAGAUAAAAGUAAAUAAAAAAAUAUAGUCACACGGCGCGUGAUGUCAUGUUGCUGCGCGCGGCGGCGGCUGCAUAAGUCAGGGAAAAAAAAUUUAUGUAAAUUUUUAUGCGAAAUUGCGUGCAUAUUGCCAAGCCAAACGUAAAAAUUGAUACGCGCGAGAUUCGAAAUUCGUGCGGUACACUGCGGAGGAGAUAAAAUUGAAAAACAAUAAUAUCAAAACUCGCGCGAACAGUGGCUGGGGGGUAGGGCUCUUCCGGUUACGCAGCGGCAAUCGGUGAGGUUCGAUUGUUGCAGCGCAUGAAAAUUUACAUAAACACGCCAAGCAGCGGGAUACAAAAGUGGAUGUAAAAUUAUAGAAGAAUAUACAAUUUUUGUAACGUCGAAAAGUGUCCAAAAAUAUCUGUGUAAAGAAGAAGAAAAAAACAAUUGAACCAAAUAAAGAAGUAUAAACGUA